AUGGCGAGCGAACAAGCGACGUUCAAACCCUUGCGCACGAUUCCUGAUAUGCACAGCUCUGCGAAUACAAUCACAGAGCUUCAUUUACAGUCACGGUUGGUGAUGGCUUCUCAACUUGAAGAAAAGAACGGUCAUGCUGAUAACGGGGCUUUUCCUUUCCGCAAAAUAGAUCAGGACUCAAGUCUUGAUUCUAAAUUGGAAGAUCAUGCGCCGCUCCAAUCUACUCAUAGUAUCCCUGCUUCCUCGGACGACGAAGACGGUCGCUUAGCCACAGAAGACGAAGUCCGCGAUCUUCUCCACGUAGUCGAUAUCGUCCCCAAUCGCGUUUGGGUAGCCUGUAUCGCAGGCAUCUUGGAACGCUUUGUCUGGUAUGGGGCGACUGCUCCACUGCAGAAUUACCUGCAAAAUGCCCCCGGCGGAGAGGUUCCCGGAGCCCUCGGUCUAGGGGAGGCUACGGCUUCAAACAUCGUCAAUGCCUUGUUCAUUGUGUCAUACAUUGCCCCCGUACCUGCUGCCGUAAUUGCUGAUAGCUGGUUGGGCCGUCAUAAGACCAUGAUUUAUGCUGCUAUUAUCGAGGCCGUUGGCGCCACCAUUCUUUUCGGAACAUCACUGCCUACUGCUAUGCAUGAAGGGGCUGCCUUGGGUGGUGUAGUUGUUGCUUCCAUCCUCAUGUCUAUUGGAUCCGGUGCAUUUAAUGCUACAGUGGUGCCUUUUAUCGCCGACCAAUACGACGAGGAGGAAUUCCGCAUCAGAACUAAGAAAGGAAAGAAAGUUGUCGCCGACCGAGAGUUGACAAUCACUUACAUUUACAAUGUUUACUACUGGACAAUAAAUAUUAUUGGUUUCUUGGCUGAUUCCACACCAUUAUUGGAGCGAUAUGUCGGCUUCUGGGUUGCGUACUUGGUUCCAUGCUGUGCCAUGUGGCUCGCCCUCCUUCCGGUCCUGUUCGGAAGCAACUACUUCAUACGAGUUGUGCCUACGACGAAUAUUAUGCCGCAGGUAUGCACAGCGCUGCGUCUCGGAAUUAUGAGCGGCUUCAACAUGGAUGCCGCAAAGCCGGAUGUCCAGCUUCAGCGACACGGUUACCAGGUUCCCUGGACAGAUUCGUUCAUCGAGGACAUCAAAUUGAGUCUGCUGACUAGCCGAGUUCUGAUUCUCUUCCCCAUCCAUUGGCUUUGCUAUAACCAGACUUUCAACAAUUUGAUCUCCCAAGCUGGGCAGAUGGAAACCUACGGUAUCCCGAACGACAUGAUGAAGAUAGCAGGGGCUAUCUCUGGUAUCAUCGUUGCCCCCAUCAUCCAGAAAGGGCUCUAUCCUUUCCUUACAAAACGAAGAAUUUCAUUUGGACCGAUUGCGCGCAUGACAGUUGGAUUUCUGGUUCUGACGUUCGCCAUGGCAUAUACCACUGGCAUUCAAAAGCUUAUCUACCAGACCGGCCCAUGCUACGAUAAUCCCCUUGCAUGUGCCGCGGCAAAGGAUCGGACGAUUCCAAAUCACGUCUCUGUCUUUCUCCAGAUUCCUAUCUACUUUGGUGGAUCAUUGGCGGAGGUCUUCUGCUUUACCACGGGAACCGAGUAUGCCUAUAAUAAGGCUCCGAAGAGUAUGAAAACAUUGGUCCAGGCUAUCUGGCUUGGUAUGGGUGGAAUUGGAGCCUGUCUUGCUCUGGCAUUCACUCCACUCUCUCAGAACCCUCAUCUAGUCACAAUGUACGCUAUUUUGACUGGAAUUUUGGGUGCAGCGGGUGUAUUGCUAUGGAUCAUCUUCCGGCGUCUGGACAUGAUGAAAGUCAACGAAGACACUGAAUAG